AAAGAUCAAAGUCAAAAUAAUUUUAUAACAUAAAGUUUUAGAAUAAUUUUAAUUUUUUAUUGUCCUUUCUUUUCUAUUCUAUCGAAUAACUAGUUCUAACUAGUAAUGGCUAGAUAUGACAGAGCCAUAACAGUAUUUUCUCCUGAUGGUCAGCUUCUUCAAGUACAGUAUGCCCAAGAGGCAGUUAGAAAGGGUUCACCAGUAGUGGGCAUCAGAGGACCAAACGUCAUCGUCUUAGCUGUUGAGAGGAAGUCAGUGGAGAAGUUGCAGGAUGAGAGAACGGAGAAGAAAAUAGUGCCGCUGGAUGAUCAUGUUUUGUUGGGGUUUGCUGGGUUGAGGGCUGAUGCUAGGGUUCUUAUUACUAGAGCCCAAAUAGAAUGCCAAUCGCACCGCCUAACAGUAGAAGACCCAGUAUCCAUAGAAUACAUAACGCGGUACAUAGCUGAGAUGAAACAGAACUACACGCAGAGCAAUGGCAGAAGACCGUUCGGUAUCUCCUGCUUGAUUGGGGGCUUUGAUUACGAUGGAAACCCUCAUCUGUUCCAGACUGAACCGUCUGGGAUUUAUUAUGAGUGGAAGGCGACAUCAACAGGCAAAUACGACAAGACAGCUAGAGAGUUUCUAGAAAAAUACUAUAACCCUGAAAUCGUGAGCACAGAUAAAGGAGCCACGAAGCUGGCCAUCAGAACCAUACUGGAAGUCGUUCAGUCUGGACAGAGGAAUUUGGACGUAGCAGUUUUAAAAAGAGGCCAGCCAGUCACGAUGUUAGACCAGACAACAAUCAAAUGUUUUGUUUCUGAAAUCGAUAAGGAGAAGGAAGAGGCUGACAAGAAACGUUAGAAAUUAUCAAGCAGGUUUUACAGUUAACUACAAAACUUUAUUUGGAUCUCCCUGGUGAAAUUACACUAUUACAAAAAAAAUAUAGAAAUACAUGAACUUUUUCUGAAGAGUUUGAGAACAGUGGUUCAUCCAUUGCUCUAGAAAAGAUCACAUUUCAAGGUUUCUUCUAUGUUCAUUUUGUCAUAGAUUUCUAGAGUAUUCAAGCCGUCCAAAAGUUAUUAUUAAUUGUCCUGUACGUAUACUUAUGUAGUGAUCCUGGAUAUCAAUUGUCUCUGUAUAAUUAAGUAUUUUGAUAUGAACUUAAAUAUCUGUUGUCAAUUGAUUAAUUUUGGAAUAUAGUUUACGUUAAUUAUUAUU